UCCUUUUCUCCCUGACAACAAAAGUGUCCUAGUCGAAGGCCAUAAAAGAACACAACAAGGCCACAAAGGCCACAAAGAACACAACGCAAGCCAAGUGUAAGCAAUCUUCAAAUUCCUCAAAGAGAUUAUUGCUAAGGCCCUGUCAUGCGCACUAAGUGUUACAUUGCACUAUUGCUUGUGGCUAUGAUCGUCGUAGAUCACGUGAACAAAGCUGGGGCGUGGUGGUGGUAUGACAGAAGGCGCAGAAGUAGCAGGCGAAGGCACUAUGUGUGCCACCCACCGAGUACAAGCGGUGGAGGUUGGGUGAAUAACUUUGACGGACGGGCUUAUUUCUCUUGCCCCUGGGGGCAGUCUGUGAGCAACAUCCAAGGACUGUACAGUGCUUGUCACAGGGACCGCGUGUGGAAGUACCAGUGCACGAAUAAUCCCGCGACCAGGGGGCGAUGCAGCUGGUCGCACUGGGUGAACGACUUCGACCAGCUCAUCAACUACCACUGCCCCUACAGCGGAUUUAUCACAGGCGUUGACAGUCACCAUAGCAACCAUCACGAGGACAGGAGGUUCCGAUUCAAGUGCUGCCAUAGGCACCAUUACAAGCGAGUCCAUUGCACUACCACUCACUACCGAAACAGCUGGCGUGGCUACAUCAACUAUUCCGUGCCGUCUGGGUACUAUCUGAGCGGCGUCUCUAGCGUUCACGACAACGGACAGGAGGACCGCCGCUGGCAGUACGAGUUCUGCCAAAUAAGGAAGUACCACGCAAAAUAAAUAAAAGCGGAUGGAAGUCAAGAGACCCCGCAGAAUGAUUUAAAGUUAAGAAACAGAAAACUGGAAGUCAACUCGGCAUUCAACUCUUCAAUAAAACCAUUGAGCCCCACGAUGAAACCAUCUAUAACAUCCAAUAUCCAAGAUAACCCUCCUUUCACCUUUUUCCCAUUUGCCUAUGAGCUGUCUUCUAGCUGUAAUUGUUAAACAAACUUGAAUAAAAAUAAUCGAACUGAG